AUGCCAACUACUAUCGCAAUCGCUGGCAUCAGCAGCACUCUUGCUCUUCUCAUCGCGAAAUCACUUCUCCAACAACCUGAUGUCCACAUUCGCGGCUCUUCACGUAACAUAAACAAGAUCCCGGAUGAUCUGAAAUCCAAUUCUCGCAUUUCAUUGGUACAGAGCGACCCAUACGACACUGAGACGUUGCGCACCUUGGUGCGCGGUUGCAGUGUGGUAAUAUGCUGCUACUUCUCGAGCAAUGAAGUCAUGCUCGAGACACAGAAAAGUUUAAUUGAUCUUUGUGAAAAAGAGGGUAUACCGCGUUACAUCGCCAGUGACUACACUGCAGAUUACCGCAAGCUCGAUCCGACCGACUUGGGGAUUAAAAACUUUACAAACGAUAUUGUAGCAUACUUGGGCACAAAACCUUCUGUCAAAGGUGUGCAUAUCCUGAUUAGUCUUCUCAUCGAGACAUUUCUUGACAUUUUCGAAGUCUGGUACCCGGAAGCGAACGAGCUUAGGUAUUGGGGAACUGGUAAUGAGAAAUGGGACCUCACCUCGUAUUGGACAGCAGCAGAAUAUGUUGCUGCUAUGGCUCUUGACCCGAAUGCAUCUGGCUUCUUCAACUGUAGCACCCCUCCCCACUGUUCGAGGAGAUCAUAA